UCCGUCUAUCUCGCUCGCUCGAUCCCCAUCCGAUCCCCAUCUCGCUCUCUUUGUUGCAACUCCUUGCCGCCGCAGCCACACACGCCGGCCGCCUCGCCUCACUCCGGUGACUCCUGCCAUCGCCAGGCAUGCUACAUCCUCCCCUUCGUCUGGAUUCAACACUCAUGCCCACCAGCAGCCCUCCCCCAUGGCUAGGGUUUCGGGCGCGGUGGCCCCUCUCACUCCGGCGGUGAGGGAGCUGGUGCUGACGCAGGGGGAGCGGCGGCGGCGGUGGGAGGAGGAUGAGGAGGUGUGGUGCCAGAUGUUCGGAGGAAGGGCGGCGUUCCACGCGACGGCACCCGCAGCCGCGCUGGGCCAGCAGCAGUGGGUGGCGCCGGAGCUCGACCGGUGGCUCCGCGAGAGACAACCGCUCUGCCAGCACCAGCUCCUCUCCUACGCCCGCAAGCUCCGCAACUUCAGACAUCACAGGCACGCCCUCGAGAGCAAGGGGUGGGCUCAGCUUGAAGGCUGGGGACGGGCAUCGAUAGACUCCCAGUUCUACGGGGCACAAAUCAUCGCGACGCGAACACCGGACUGUAACAUUGCCAUCGUUCUCACUGGUGAGGAAACCAGGUGGCCUUCUCACCUCAAUCUAUUUCUUAUUGUUGCUAGGUUCCCGUGGCACUUGCACACAGCCAGGUGAUCUUAUUUCUCUAAUCAGGAUUGAAGCACAUAAUAUAUUCUUUCGGAACUAAACCCGUCUCAAGGUAAAUACUAUAGGAAGCACUCCAUAUGUUCAUGCCAUCCCUGAAUACAGUAAUAUACAAGAUUUAUAUUUUGAUGUAUAUAUAUGCGGUAUGUCUCUUCUAUAAAGAUCAGUGUGAAGAGUGUUUGUCCAUUGGAACAUGUUUUUCCUCCUGAUUUAGCGUCUUAGUAAAAUAUAACUAUCUAGAAAGUAUUUUAUAGGAUGCCACAUUCAGACUUCUGUAGUAAAUUAUUCAUAGCCUUACCAUGAUGGUUGGAGUUUAGCUCAUGCAUGAGGAAUACUAAUUAUUUCUCCCACCGUUUUUUUGUAAAAAAUACUGGUUUUCCGGUGUUGUUUAUUGCCUUCCACAGCCAUGUCCUUUGGUGAGCUCUUGAUCUCCCUUUCCUUUUUCUAUUCCCCGACCUAGGCCUUUGAGCUAUGGCUGUUUAGAUGUUUGGCAGACACUUGUUGUUUCUACAUGUAGCAGGUUUAAUUCAAAUUGUCUUGUAUUAUGUGUAUUUGCAUGGUUGCUAGUAAACUGUGAAAUUACCUUUGACAAUUAACCUUAAUCAUCGCUGAAGAAGAUAAAGAGGUUUGCUUAUCUCUAUUGUACAGUCGUGAUAGUGCCAAAUGAACCCAUGCUGAACAACUCAUACUGCUGUUCUGUGCGUUACAACUUAAGUUGUAACGCACAGGUAAUGUACAUACACUGCAUUGCAUCCAUGCUUUCAAAAUUUCAAAUGUUUUUGGUUCAGCAACAACAAGUCACAACCAAAAUCUUUUGCGCCGGUUGAUACGAUCAUUGAUAUUGUCU